CAUCUCUGCGUGUCCCCCCCAUGUGACGGCUCUCUGAGUGUGUGACACGCUUGGGCGGGGACAGGAGUGCCGUGAGAGCUGCAUGCACAUGCGUGUGCAUCACAUGUUGGGGGCACACGCAUGUACGUGCAACGGGGGCAUGCGUGUGUCGCCACAUGGGCCGCCACACCCUCCAUGCCCCGUGCAUCUGCUACGCUGGGACAUGGGUGUGUCCUGUGUGCUCGUGUGGGACACGUGUGUGCAAGGGCGGGGUGGAGACCCAGCUGUGCCCUGCUCCCCUCUCAAUCCUCUGUUUGGCACCAGGGCCGUGUAGAGCCCCUGCCGCACGCACAUGUGUGUGUGCCGUGUGGAGGGGCCCGCACACAGGUGCACACGCAUGUGCUGUGGUGUGCGCACACGUCUCCACCUUGGUGUGUGGGCGCAGGGAUGCGUGUGCGGGGAGGAGAUGUGUGCGCACACACAACACGCGGACACGCGCAGUCCGGUCCCCGUGCAGAGCGGGUGUGCGCGGCAGAGGCGUGUGUUGCUGCCUUGGCUAUGUGUCCGUGCGUGUGUGUGUGUGUCUGCCUGCGUCGCCCGUAAAUCCCAUUUUCUCAAUCCGAUUUGGUGAUUUUCGGCUUUUGCGCUUUCACUUUUCCCACCGGCCAAUUUCGGGGCUGUCGCUGCCCCGCGGGCGGACAGACGGACAGACACCCUCUCGCUCGUGCCGGGCGCCCCAGCCCCCCUCGGCCCCCCAGCCCUUAAAGCAGAUCCUGAGCACGGUGGAGGCCCAGGCUCCCAGCACCCCAGGGCCGUCGGGCUGCGGCCCUGUCCCCGUGGCCGUGCCGGUGGUGGCGGUGCCAGGGCCAGGAGUGGCGGCGGCGCUGCCCAAUGGGGCCCCCCCAGGGCCCCCCAUGGCCGAUGACAGCAAAACUAACCUGAUCGUCAACUACCUGCCCCAGAGCAUGAGCCAGGAGGAGCUGCGGAGCCUCUUUGGCAGCCUCGGAGACAUUGAGUCCUGCAAGCUCGUCCGCGACAAGGUCACCGGGCAGAGCCUGGGCUAUGGCUUUGUCAACUACGUUGAGGCGGGUGACGCCGACAAGGCCAUCAGCACCCUCAACGGCCUCAAGCUGCAGACCAAGACCAUCAAGGUGUCCUAUGCUCGGCCCAGCUCGGCCUCCAUCCGUGAUGCCAACCUCUACGUGAGCGGCCUCCCCAAGGCCAUGGGGCAGAAGGAGAUGGAGCAGCUCUUCUCCCAGUAUGGCCGCAUCAUCACCUCCCGCAUCCUCGUCGACCAGGUCACAGGUGUCUCACGGGGGGUGGGCUUCAUCCGCUUCGACAAGCGCGUGGAGGCAGAGGAGGCUGUGCGGGGCCUGCAUGGGCAGAAACCACUGGGCGCUGCUGAGCCCAUCACCGUCAAGUUCGCCAACAGCCCGGGCCAGAAGUCAGGGGGGGCCCUGCUCAGCCUCUGCCCCAGUGCCCGCCGCUACGGUGCCCUGCACCACCCUCCCCAGCGCUUCCGGCUCGACAAUUUGCUGAAUGUGGCCUACGGCGUGAAGAGCCCGCUGUCACUGCUGCCCAGGUUCUCCCCGCUGGCCAUCGAGGCGGUGCCAGGGCUGGCCGGGGUGGGCCUGGGGGCCCCCGGCGCUGGCUGGUGCAUCUUCGUCUACAACCUGGCACCCGAGGCGGAUGAGAGUGUCCUCUGGCAGCUCUUCGGGCCCUUUGGUGCUGUCACCAACGUCAAGGUUAUCCGCGACUUCGCCACCAACAAGUGCAAGGGCUUCGGCUUCGUCACCAUGACCAACUACGAGGAGGCGGCCAUGGCCAUCGCCAGCCUCAAUGGCUACCGCCUGGGCGACCGCGUGCUCCAGGUCUCCUUCAAGACCAGCAAACAGCACAAGGCCUGAGCAACACCCUGCUGGCCCCCCAGCCCCUGGGACUGGGUCCCCUGGCACCACCAGGCCAUGGGGACCCCCAUGAGCACCAAGGACACCCUGGAGACCAUGAAGAACCCCCCUGGACACCUGGAGACCUUGGGGACCCCCUCCAGGCACCAAGGACACUGUGGGGACCUCCCCGCCCUGGAGACCAUGGAGAACUCCCCCAGACGCUUGGAGACCUUGGGGACCUCCUCCAUGGGCACCAAGGACACCAUGGGGAUGCCCGAAGGACAGCCUGGAUACCAUGGACACCCCAUCUCUCCCCUAGGCACCGUGGACACCCUGAGGACUCCCCCAGGUGCCCCAGAGCUCUUGGACACUGUGGGGGCAUGGAGAUGCCGGGAGGACCCCUGAAGAUCCUCCUGACCCACCAACCUGGAAAGACUGGAGAACCCCCAGGACACGCUGGGGACCCCCCAGGCACCCUGAAAACCCUGGGAAUUGUGAAGGAGUCUGGAUAUGGAGGGGCGUCACCUCCAAGUCUCCAGGAAUGCCAUGGGCACCCCAAAGACCCUGGGGACCCCCCAGCACCCAGAGAUGUUGGGGGACCCCCCCCCCCCCCCAGGCACUGCGGAGAACCUGGAGGUAGGGGCCCCCUGCCCCUCCCCCCAGCACCGGGAAGCCGCGGCGACCCCCAGCGAGCCCAGGUACCUUGGGGAUCCCUGGGACCCCCAGCACUCCCUGGGGCAGGUGCCAGACCAACACCCCCCCCCUCCUUUGUUUCCUCCUCUGGGGGGUCGUGCACCCCCAAAUGGAGAGAAGUGGGAUCUCCCCCCCCCUUAGGGUGUCCUGCCCCCACCGGGGCGAGGCUGGGGUGGGUUGUGGAGACCACAGGGUCCCCCGGGACCGAGCUGCUGCCGGGGAUAUCGUGGGGGAGGGAAAGCGGGGAGUUCCGCCCCGGGUUCCGCGAGGCCCCGCCCCUACAGCUAAGCCCCCCCCCCCCGAUGUCCCGGGGCUUGACCCCGCCCCCAGCUGGGAGACCACGCCUCCGGCGCGGCGCCCGCCUGGGGCGGCGCGCUCUGGCGGUGGCCGGACCACCCGGAGCGGCGCCUGGGGUGCGUGGGUUCGAGCCCCGGCUCCGGCCGCUGCCCCGGGGAGGGACCCCCAUCAGAGCACCCGAUUCGGCUCAUUUUGUCCCCAGGCUGGUGCCAAGUGGGGGCCGUGCCCCCCUCCCCUCCGGUCCAGGAGUCCGGGGGAGGUGUCUGCUCUCUCUCCUUUUUUUUUCCAAUUUGUUUCUUUUUUUGGAGGGGGAAAUUUUUUUGGGAGAAAGAACAAACAAUAACGAAUAAUAACAAUAACGGUAGCGCUAACGGUAGCGAGGAGAGAGACCGACACAGCACGCGGUGACUCCUCCAGAGCGACAGACACAAAACCAUCUAUUUUUGUAAGAGAAGAAAAAAAAAAUUAAAAAAAAAUAUCCCCUGACGUCCCCCAAAACCACCCCUCUGGAGGGAAGUUGUGGGGGCUGGGUGUGUGUGUGAGAAUCUUUUAUGUGCCACCCCAGUUGCUUGGAGGCAGGGCCAGACGUUAUAAUCCCCAAGCACGGUCACAGCACGUUUUGGGGGGCGGGGGUGGUUGAUGGCACUAAAAUGUCGUCAGGUUGAGGCUGCCAGGGGGUCCUGCUGCCCCAAGCCUCUGGCACCCCCAAACUGGGUGUGGGUGGGGGGGUGUGUGUGUCUUGUCCACACUGCCCUGUCCCCAUCCUUCUCCAAAUACCCCAAAAUGGGCUGCUUUUUUGCCCCAACCUCCUCAGCUUGCUGGGGUGGGUGCUUUUGCUUGGCCAGUUUGAGUGUCGUGGCCAAAGAAAAGGGCAGAACCCGCCCCCCCCCCCGAAACCCCCAAUCCUCCCAACAGGCUGUCUUCCCCAUAGCAGCCCCAUCCUCAUUAUUAUUAUUAAUUAUUAUUAUUAUUAUUAUUAUUAUUGUUGUUGUUGUUCUUGUUGUUGUUGUUGUUAUUAUUACUAUUGCUAUUAUUAUUUAUUUUCUCUUCUCCGUCGGGAUAAUUUCUUGCUUUUCAGUGGUUUCGGUUCCUAUUUAUUUCCGAUUCUUCGCUGCCUUUCCCCAGCCUUGGGGCCCCCAGGACCCCCUGUCCCUCCUGGGUACCCUGGGACCCCACCCCUCCCAGGUCCCGCUUUUUGCGUUGCGUCGUGUUGUGCCUGUUUGCAGCUUCUUGUAGUUUUAACUUAUUGUUAAUGUAAAUAUUUAUUACUCCCCCGCCUAUGUGUGCGCACGUCCCUGGGGGUGGGCAAGGGACCCAGGCCUCCGGGGCUGCCUCCACCCUCCAAGCUCUGACCCCACCCGGGGCAGCUCCACCCUCGGGACUCCCACCCCAGGCCUCCAGGCAGCCCCAGCCCCAGCAGGAUCAGUGGGCCGAGGGGACCCCCGGUUCAGUAGCAAUAAGAGCUGCACCCCAGGGGCCCCGGCCUCGGCCCCCCACCAUUUGUCUGGGGGGGACCCACCAUGGGGAGAAACCUCCUGAGUGUGAACAGGGCCCCCCCUGUGGCGGAGCGGGGCCUCCGGAGGGGACGGGCUGCAGGCCCCCACCCCCGGACUCGACUCUUUGUACUUUUCAUGGCAGAAAUAAUAAAAUAUAAAAAAAAUUCAGAAA